AACAACAAAAAGAUAAGAAUGGGAGUUCCUGCUGUGGCACAACAGGAUCAGCAGUGUCUCUGCAGCACCAGGAUGAUCCUCAACCAGGACAUCUUUGCAGAUUUGAUCCUCAGCCUGGCACAGUGAGUUGAAAGGAUCCAGCAUUGCCACAGCUGCCACAUAGGUCACAACUGCGGCUCAAAUCUGAUUCCUGGCCCAGGAACUACAUAUACCAUGGGGUGGCCAAAACAGAAAAAAAAAUUAGGAUGGAUUGCCUUGCUAGAUAGUUGCUCUCUCACUGGAAUGGUCAGGUAGAGGUUAGAUGUUUUCUAUUCAGCACUGUAGAAAGAUAUAUUGGUGAGUGUCUUGGGGUGUCUCUGUUCAGUUCUCGACAGUUUGCCCAGAGUUGUUUUAAGCGUUAUAAACUAAUGAGUUACUUUGUGGAUUUGUCUUGCCUGAUAGCUCCAAAUCAGUGGACCAAGUUAAUUUAUGUGUCUUUGAUCUUGAAGGAUGAAAUUAAACUGCUGAUUCUCAGAUAAGAAAAUAUUGAGGCUCAUUGUCCAGGAAAGUUUCAUCACUAUGACAGUCAAUCAUGGCCUGGGUUCACAGGUAUUUUUGACAAGCUUUCCAUACACAGCAACACCAGUCUUUAUUUCAAAUUUUUGAGAGAUUUAUUUUUUUAUCUGCCCAUCAUUUUUGUAAAACACUCUUACUUGGAGCAAUUAAAAUAGCACUGAGAUUACAGGAGAAAGGAUAGAGAAGAAAAAUCCGUUUCCUUCCCUCUUUUUGUGAUUCCUAUAUGGAUGAUUUUAGUUUACAAAGAAGUUUUUUUAGGGCCAAGAGGAAAUAAUUAGUUUCCAUCUACGCUCUCUAGUCUUCAUCUUAGAUCUUUUAGUGGUCCUUUUGGGUAGCAUUUAAAACAAUUCAGGGGUAAACUUUGCUGUUUGUCUCAAAUGACUACUUAUCUGUAUCCAAAUCUGGCUUCCUGGGGCACUGAAGCAUGAACGGCAUAAAUUACUGAACUCAACUAAUUCUCAGAAAGCCACAUUUUAGUCAGUACUUUCCAGCUUUCUCACUCUUCAUUUCUUUUACAGAACUAAGUUGUGUAACUAAUUAGAGUUUUAUUCCUUUACAAGUUAUACAUUUUAAAUUCUCUCCGUUAACCUUUUGAAAAUGCUAAUAAGUAGUAAAAUAACAAAUACAUACAGGGAAACCAGAAAAUAUAAGUACUGGAAAACAGCUUCUCACUCCCAAAGAAAAAGCACCAGGUGUGGUUAAGUUUUUAUCUCUUAAGGAAAAGUAGAUGCAUCCCUGUCACCAACUGACAUUCCUUCUUAUGGCCUGCAGAUGAUAGGGGCACAGCCUCCCAGUUACCCGCACACCUAUAAGUUUUAUCUGUUUCUUAGUCUUCCUCUGGGAGAGUGCUGUAAGUGAAAAGUCUCACAAGUCCACAGGUUGAUUCUUUUCCUUUCUCAAUGUAAUACUCUCCAAACGUGUUAAGAACUUGAGUAAAAUGCCCUUUUUUAUAAUACUUUUUAUGUUAAUUUUUUAAUUUUGAGAUUAGUAUUUUUAUUUUGAAAUAAGAGAUUUUGAGAUAAUGUCUAAAUUUAGAGAGGAGUUGCAAAAAUAAUAUAAUAGAGAGCAAGCGUCCUGUACCAAACAAGAUGGAGUAGACAUAUUUCACUCUAUUCCAAUUAAACGUAAUGAUAUAGGUAAUUUAAAAGUACAUGGAUGGAAAAGGACAUACCACGCAAAUGCCAGUCAAAAGAAAGCUGGAAUGGCUAUACUAAUAUCAGAUAAAUUAGACAUCAGAGCAAAGAAAAUUACCGAGGACAAGAGGAGCACCAUAGUGAUCCAAAGGGUCAAUCCGCCCAGAAGACAGAGCAAUCUUAAAUGUGUAUGUACCAGACAGUAGAGCUUCAAAGUACAUGAAGCAAAACUCAACAUAACUGAAUUGAGAAGUAGACAAAUCGACAGUUGUAGUUGGGAACUUCAAUGGCAUUAUGUACUCACUUUUCAAGUAGACAUGUAACAUUCACCAAGGUAGACUAUAUCCCAGGUCAUAAAACAAACCCCAACAAAUGUAAAAGAAUUGAAAUCAUAUAUAGUACAUUCUCUGACCAUAAUGGAAUCAAAGUAGGAAUGAAAAACAGACUACAGGAAAGUCUUCACACACUUGGAAACUAAACAACACACUUCUCAUUAAUCCAUGGGUCAAGGAGGAAGUCUCAAGGGAAAUAAAAAAAAUACAUUGACCUGAAUGAAAAUGAAAAUACAGCAUAUCAAAACUUGUAGGUUGUAGCUAAAGCAGUGCUGAGUGGGACAGUUAUAGCACUAAAUGCUUAUAUGAGGAAUAGAUGAAAGGUUACAAAUGAAUAACCUGAGCUUCCACCUCGAGAAAAUAGAAAAAAGAAGAGCAAAAUAAACCUAGAGCAAGCCAGAGGAAAGAAAGAAUAAAAGAGAAGUUAAUGUAAUUGAAAACAAAAACAAUAGAGAAAAACAAUGAAUCCAAAAGCUGGUUCUUUGAAAAUAGAGAUUCUCACUUAAUUGAUAAUGGGUACAGUGGGCAUUGGGAUUUUUUUCAAGCUCCUCAGAUGAUUCCAGUGUAUAGCGGGGAUUGAGAACCUCUGCUGGGGAGGCCACAUACAUUUUCUCAGGGUUUAACUUGUGUUGGCAUCUAUGACCCAGCCCCUUUGAUUUCUCCUGAGGAAAACUUGUAGCCAUUUCAUUUCCCCUCAAUUUUUGUUGCCCUCAAAGUCAGUACUGACCCUUUCCCUUAUAUGUUAACUUCCCUGUCUGACUGCUCUUUUGCCAUGAGUAUAGCUCAGACCGGAGGUAAACGUUUAACAGCAACCCCCACUCCACUUCACACCCACAUCACCUUGAUUGAUUUGGGAUUAACCCCAAAACCCCCCGCUGAUUGGUUUGUCACACAUCAUUGGUCACCAGCUUUAGGCUGUGAUCACCCAAGCCAUAGUAACAGUGUGUCUAGUGCACCUGGUCUUGUGACCCUGACUCUGAGGGAGCCGAAGGACUUGGUUUUUCCAUUGUGGUGGCCACUUGCAGGGCCUGCCCUCUAUUAACACAGUAUUAACAGUGGAUGUGCGGUGGAUUUGAAUUUGCUCAGAUGCUCCAGGAUGAAACGCCAUAGAACGCUGAGCAGCAGUGACAGUUCAGACGAGAGUCCUUCCACUUCCUUUACUUCUGGCUCAAUGUAUAGGAGCAAGUCAAAAAUUCCAAAUGAACACAAGAAACCUGCUGAGGUAUUCCGGAAGGACCUUAUCAGUGCCAUGAAACUUCCAGACUCUCACCAUAUUAAUCCUGACAGCUAUUACCUCUUUGCGGAUACGUGGAAGGAAGAAUGGGAAAAGGGAGUCCAGGUACCAGCCAGUCCGGACACUGUUCCACAGCCUUCCCUCAGGAUUGUGGCUGACAAGGUAAAGGAGGUCCUAUUUAUCCGACCCCGAAAGUACAUCCACUGCUCCAGCCCAGAGACUGCAGAGCCUGGCUAUAUCAACAUCACGGAGCUGGCGGCAUCUGUGUGCCGCUAUGACCUAGACGACAUGGACAUCUUUUGGCUCCAGGAACUCAAUGAAGACCUCGCAGAAAUGGGUUGUGGGCCAGUUGAUGAGAAUCUUAUGGAAAAGACAGUAGAAGUCCUGGAACGCCAUUGCCAUGAAAAUAUGAACCAUGCUAUUGAGACAGAGGAAGGGCUAGGCAUAGAGUAUGAUGAAGAUGUGAUCUGUGAUGUGUGCCGGUCUCCAGACAGUGAAGAAGGGAAUGAUAUGGUGUUCUGUGAUAAGUGUAACAUCUGUGUACAUCAGGCCUGCUACGGCAUCCUCAAGGUUCCAGAAGGCAGCUGGCUGUGUCGCUCCUGUGUCCUGGGCAUUCAUCCACAGUGUCUGUUAUGUCCAAAGAAAGGUGGAGCCAUGAAGACCACCAGGACAGGGACUAAAUGGGCUCACGUUAGCUGUGCCCUGUGGAUUCCAGAGGUCAGCAUUGCUUGUCCUGAGAGGAUGGAACCAAUCACAAAGGUCUCCCACAUUCCGCCCAGUCGGUGGGCCUUAGUCUGCAACUUGUGCAAGUUGAAGACAGGUGCUUGUAUUCAGUGCUCAGUGAAAAGCUGCAUCACUGCCUUCCACGUCACCUGUGCCUUCGAGCACAGUCUAGAAAUGAAGACCAUCCUAGAUGAAGGGGAUGAAGUGAAGUUCAAGUCAUACUGCCUCAAGCACAGCCAAAACAGGCAGAAGCUCGGGGAGACCGAGUACCCCCUACACAGGGCUUCAGAGCAGAGCCAGGCCAAAAGCGAGAAGACCAGCCUGCGGGCACAGAAGCUUCGGGAGCUGGAGGAAGAGUUCUAUUCCAUGGUCCGUGUGGAAGAUGUGGCCACAGAGCUGGGGCUGCCCAUACUAGCUGUGGACUUUAUCUAUAACUACUGGAAACUGAAGCGGAAAAGUAACUUCAAUAAGCCAUUAUUUCCUCCUAAAGAGGAUGAAGAAAAUGGCCUAGUACAGCCAAAAGAGGAGAGUAUUCACACUCGCAUGAGAAUGUUCAUGCACCUACGGCAAGACCUAGAGAGGGUCCGGAACCUGUGCUACAUGAUAAGCAGGCGAGAGAAGCUGAAACUGUCACACAGCAAAAUACAGGAACAGAUCUUCAGUUUGCAAGUCCAGCUUGCUAACCAGGAAAUUGCUGCAGGACUUCCUUUGACAAGUGCACUAGAAAACUCAUUGUUUUACCCACCACCAAGAAUUACCUUAAAGUUAAAAAUGCCCAGAUCAGCCCCAGAAGACUGCAGAAACAGCUCCACAGAGCCUGAUCAUGGACCCCUCUCUCCUGACAGCAGCUCCAUUGUUCACAGUGUAAGGAGCAUGCAGGUGGCUCAGGAAUCACUAGAAAUGAGAAUGAAGUCAUACCCGAGGCAUCCACUAGAGAACAAGAAUAACUGUUUGCUGGCCAGUCUCAGCCAUGCCAGGAGUGAAGCAAAGGAUCCCAGUCCUGCUUGGAGAACUCCAUCUCCAGAGUUCUAUCAUGGGCAGGCGCUGGGAAAGCCUCUGGUCCUUCAGGCUGCCCUGCAUGGACAGUCUUCCAUUGGGAAUGGGAAAAGUCAGCCUAACUCCAAGUUUGCCAAAUCCAAUGGCCUGGAGGGCAGCUGGUCUGGGGAUGUCACCCAAAAAGACAGCUCGAGUGAGAUGUUCUGUGACCAGGAGCCCAUGCUCAGCUCCCACUUGGGCAGUCAGGGCAGCUUUAGAAAAUCUACCGUGGAACACUUCAGCAGGUCCUUUAAGGAGGCUACCAACAGGUGGGUGAGGACCACUGAGGACCUCCAGUGCUGUGUGAAGCCAACCAAGAGUAUUAACCCCAAGGAGCAGCUCUGGGGCAGGCAGCUUGUCAGGCGGUCUGCAGGGAGAGCUCCAUAUCAGGAAAACGAUGGCUAUUGCCCAGAUUUGGAGCUGAGUGAUUCAGAAGCAGAAAGUGAUGGGAGUAAAGAGAAAGUCAGGAUAAAGAGAGAGAGCUCAGACAGGGAAAAUCCUCCCCAUGACUCCAGACGGGAUUGCCAUGGUAAAAGCAAGACAUAUCCCCUUUCUCACAGUUCAAUGCAUAGGUGAUUAGAAACGCCAAGAAAACCUGCAUCUUUGCCUUUGCCUCAUCUAUUGGGGGAAACCGACACACCAAAAGGAUUCUAGUAUAUGUUAGGAGGAACUGUAGUGAAAAGGAUAAAAUUCGUCCACAGUAAAUUGGCUUGCAAUUUUUGAACCGGUCUAGUUUUCAAAAGCACAUCAUAGAAAUUGCAUAUUGUCCAGCAAAAGUUUUUUUUGCCAGAAGCUAGUGAGAACAGCUGGGACCAGAGUAUUUGCUCAGUAAAUACUUUGGGGCAGCUUUCUAGUUAUAUUAACACAUUGAUACACAUAUGUAUUAAAAGUCCUUGCAUUGUUAAUGCAUUUACAAGAGACCGUGAUUAUCAGACACUAAAACUACUUACUAUCUUUUGAAGCUACAGCCUGUGACUCCCAGAGAGCCUGUCUGUAGGAGGUUUCUAACUCCACUGGUACCUGGAAACCCUCUUCAGGGAGAGACCAGGGACCAACAUCUCAGAUACUGUCAAACUCACUACCCUCUUCCUUUGCUCUGCACAAGGUUGAGUUCCUUUCACAGUAUCUUAACUUACCAAGUCAAUACUCCUAAUGCUUCUACGUGUCCAGUGCCUGUUCCUAGACGUGCUUGUUGGGGACGCACUUGUAACUAUUUCACCCAGCUAACAAGCGUAAAAGG